UUAAUUUCUGUGCAAAAAUCUAAUAAUAAUUAAACAUGAAUAAAGAUUCCAAAGAUUCUACUACUUUAAUAUUUAAAAAUAUACCCAAACAAAUAGAAGAUCUAACAAGUCUACUUAAUUCCCUUAAAAUACCGGCCAAAGAAAUAAAGCCAUUCGGACGCAAACGUGCUUUAAUCACAUACGAGCAACAUAAUGAAGCAGAACAGGCAUUGGAAACAUUAAGAGAAUUGGAAUUUUCCGGCAAAUAUGCCAACAUAUCAUUGUUCUGCAAAGACAAACCCAAAGAGAACAAGGAGGAAAGGUUAAAAAGUUCAAUAAGAAAAUGCCAUAAAAGUGCCCAGACAACAUUACAGGCAGCAGCAGGAACAGCACAGCUGAACAACGAUUUGACAAAGCAACAAGUAAACAAACAACUUGGUCUUAUUGACACAAUUUAUGUAGAUGGCGGUCAAUCCCAAAAUAAUAACACUUCCACAAAAACCAGCAAAUCGAAAUUAUCUUUACAGUCCUAUGAAUAUGUUAUAGCAGUAGAUUUUGAAGCCACCUGCUGGGAAAAUAAGGCACCACCCAAAUGGAGGGAGUCCGAAAUUAUUGAAUUUCCCGCUGUUUUGGUGAAUUUAAAAACUGGCAAAAUCGAAGCAGAAUUUCAUAAAUACAUCAUGCCCAUUGAAUCACCCAAAUUGAGUGCAUUUUGCACCGAACUCACUGGCAUAACACAGAAAACUGUCGAUAAUGGCAUACCUUUGCAGACUGCUCUAAUGAUGUUCCAGGAAUGGUUGCGCAAAGAGUUAAGGGCUCGCCAUCUGAUGCUGCCCAAGGUGUCGAAGGAUAAUAAAAUUGGCAAUUGUGCCUUUGUGACCUGGACCGAUUGGGAUUUUGGCCUAUGUCUGGACAAAGAGUGCAGCCGGAAGCGCAUUAAGAAACCACCGUAUUUCAAUCAAUGGAUUGAUAUGCGUGUCAUUUACAGGGAAUGGUAUAAAUAUAAGCCGCUUAACUUUUUGGAUGCCCUCACCUAUGUGGGUCUACAGUUUGAGGGUAAACAGCAUUCGGGCAUAGAUGAUGCCAAAAAUUUAGCCGCCUUAACACACAAAUUGGUGAAUGAUGGUGCCACUUUGGCCAUAACCAAAGAUUUAACACCAUUUCAAUUGAAUUUAAAUUGUGUUUUCUAAAAAACCACAUACUAAUUGCCAUAGCUAAACUAUGUAAUAGGUCUAGGGAGUAUUUUUUUUAUACAUAUAACAUAUAACCUUAAAAACAAACUUAACUAUAUUUAAAAAUUACAAAUAACAAAAAAACAACAUAUUAAUUUAUACUACUACUUUAACUUUAUUAAAAGAUGAGAAAUAAAUGAAAAUUAUAAGACUUGUAAGACUUUUUUUUAUAUAAAAAUCUAUAAACCUACAAACAUUACAAAAAAAGAAAUCAAAUUAUGAUAAAGAAAUUAUAAAUUUCUCUAAAAACUAAAAAAAGAAACAUCUUUCUAAAUAACUUUUCUACUUAGUUUAUAGUAUGUAGGAUGUAAGAAACUAAAGCCAAUUUCAAAUUUUUAACGAAAUUAAUAUAAAAACUUUAAAGGAAAUUAUUUUUUGUAUUAAUAAUUUAGUAAUAAUAAAUUAAGCUAGUAUUUUUUUGUUUCAAAGACCAACAAUACUUAUAAACGAUUUCCAAUUACCUACAUAUAACUAUUCUUAACUAUAAAACUGAUUUGCUUUUAAUUCUAGUAUUUUUACACAAUUAAACACACACUACACACACAACACACACAUUUUUUGUACUUUAUUUAUAAUGAAAAAAAAGAGAAAACAACAAAAACAUACAACAUAAUAACAUGAUAUUAAAAUAAAUAAAUAUUAAAAUAUUCAAA